CUGUACACGAAUAAAGAGAGACAAAAUAAGCUUGAAAACACUGCUAAUAGUGGCUCUAAGUUCAAAUAUUUUAUCAGAAAUCCUGUAACUAAACCAUCUCCUGUCAAUGGUGACAUCAGGAAAGACCACAGGUAUCUUGUACAAGAACACGAUUUUUAUAAGCCAACAAAGGAUGGCGCUUCACUAGAGUGCCCCUCACAAAACCUAAAUCAGCCCCUUAGUGGACGAGUUAAAAAAGAAUACAAUGGACAAUUACGGACGUUAAAUGAAGACACGCAUGAUGAGAGAGAGCUCAGAUUUGUUCCCACAAAUCAUGCUAGAGACCCUAUACGUAACUUUGUAAAUCUAGAAAACAGUGGCUAUAGAGAUGUCUUACAUAGAGAAUCAAAUGAUUGGGAUGUUGAUUCAUAUAGCACAAAAGAAGCGAUUGAAUUUAAAAAUCAAAACCUUCGAAAUCCGAUUAUAAAACACUCAUAUGUGUACCGUUCUCAAAAUGAUAAAUCUAACAAACUGAAUCAACCAGAAUUGUAUACGCAGGAGGACCAUCACAGGCCCCAACGUUCAAAAGUGUCCACAAUGACAGAUACUAUAGACCUUCCACUCCGGGGUGAUGGAGCAAAACCCACAAGUGUAAAAUCAUCACAUGAUGCGAUGAUGUCGAUAAAACUACAAGAAGAUGUGUUUCCAAUGCCCCCUGAUGAAAAACCUGAAUGUGACACCAAGGAAACUAACUUCAAUCAUGGUAGAAGUAUAACUCCAGAUAUUAACAUCAUUGAUCCUGACGAGCAUCCAUUAAGUGAUCAUAUCCCUAACAAAUCCCGAAAUCCUACAAGUGGUCCAACUGCUUCAAUAUUGGACGUCGUUGACACAAAGCUUGACAUUGAGGACAUUGAAGUUGAUGGAGAAAUAGAAGAUAAUCUGAAUGAAAUGAUAAAGAAACUGAGAGACAACAGAGAUAGGAGAGGGUCACGACGCAGACGGACAGCCCGAAAAAGACAACUAAGUGUCAAUUCCUCACUAGAUGACGGAGGAGCACUCUCUGCAAGGACUGAUACGGCAGAGGCAGCACCUGAUGACAACGCUGAAGAUGCAGAAGGUAAACUAGUUGAGACAAUUAAUCUCCAGAAGAACGUUAUGGCUCACCUCAACGCCCAGCCAUGGCCUAUGAUGAAGAAAUUGAAGACUCUGAAGCUGGCUAAGUCGUAUGUAGAGAGGUAUGAGGGGAAAUUAUCCAAAGGACAGAGCUAUAAGCAGAAAUGGGAAAAGUUUCUCUGGCGCAGUAAAAGAGCUUAUGAAGAGCUUGUUGUCACAGUUACACCAUGGGAAAUGAGAAUAAAAGCUAUUGAGAGCCACUUUGGAACGAUGGUAGCGUCUUACUUCACGUUUAUUCGCGCCUUAUUGUGGAGCAACAUCGUCUUAACUGCAAUCACCGUUGGAUUUAUCAUCUUACCCGAGUGUUUGGUUGGUGAUAGUUCAGGCCAUAAGACUGUUCCAGCUGAUGAACGUGACCGUGCACUAACAUUGGCCAGCCUUUGGGACUUUGAGGGAUAUUUGAAGUAUUCGCCACUAUUUUAUGGAUACUAUGGUAAUGCAACGUUUAUUGGUAAUGGGUACCGACUUCCAUUGGCAUAUCUUCUAGCUGGACUUGGAACGUAUGCCUACAACUUUGUAUCUCUUCUCAGAACAAUGGCUAAAAAUGCGAAGAUGAACAAGCUUUCGGGAAAAGAAGAGAGCUAUACUUUCUCCUGGAAGCUAUUUACAAGUUGGGACUACACAAUAGGUGACAAUGAAGCUGCGACCAACAAACGUGCAGCCAUCACAACUACAUUCAAAGAGGCAAUAGUAGAGGAAGAAGAAAAGCGGAGAGAGGAGAACAUCCACUUGACGCGGUUUCUAAGAGUACUAGCGAAUAUCUUAGUACUCAUGGUUCUCGCCUCUAGCACAUUUGCUAUCCAGAUCGUAGUACAAAACUCGAGACAAACAGAAAAGGACCUCAGGGACGGCAUAGACGUCGGUUGGUGGCGUCAGAAUGAGGUGUCAACAGUUAUAGCAUUAAUCACACUCAUCUACCCUUCCAUAUUUGACUUCAUCGGAAUGAUGGAGAAAUACCAUCCCCGAGUGCAGUUAAGAUGGCAGUUAGCAAGGAUCCUAGUUCUCUACUUACUUAACUUGUACACUCUGUUCAUCUCUCUGUACGAGAAGGUGCGAUUCCUGCAAGACCAAGACAAAUUGGCCAGGGCAGCAGCAUUAAAUACCUCACUUAGUAACUGUACAGUGCUUCCGAGUCUAUCAAACUCCACAGUUGCCUAUGACAAUACCACAUCGGUGCUGUCUGGCGCUAUAAAUUGUACCUCGUCAGUGGUUGACGUCCCUGAAUUCUGCUGGGAGACCCUGGUGGGGCAAGAGAUGUUUAAGUUGACAAUCAUGGACUUGGUGACAACUGUUGGAGGUAUCUUGGUCAUCGACUUCCUCCGUGGUCUCUUUACGAGAUACAUGCAUCCAUGUUGGCCAUGCUGGGACCUCGAGACUAAAUUUCCGGAAUAUGGAGAGUUUAAAAUAGCUGAGAAUAUUCUACAUCUUAUCAACAACCAAGGAAUGAUAUGGAUGGGGUUGUUCUUUGCUCCUGGGUUACCGGCGUUGAAUAUCCUGAAGCUGAUCUUGAUGUUGUACAUUCGUAGUUGGGCUGUCACCAUGUGUAACAUCCCCCAUGAAAGAAUCUUCAGGGCCUCAAGGUCCAAUAAUUUCUACUACCUCAUGUUAUUAGUGAUGCUGUUCCUGUGUACGUUGAUCCCUAUGAUCGCCAUUGUCAUGCUGGAACCCUCGUCUGACUGUGGACCUUUCGCGGGUCAAGACCUGAUGUACUAUGUGCUGACCACGUUCAUAUCAGAUACAUGGCCACUGCUUGAUGACAUCAUUACCUUCGUACUCUCCCCGGCAAUCAUGUUUCCGUUCAUAUUGUUACUAAUAAUGAUAAUCUACUACCUGAUCUCACUGACUGGUUCAUAUAAGGAAGCGAAUGAAGACCUCCGAACGCAGCUUCAUAGUGAACGAACUGAAGAAAAGAGAAAGAUUUAUGCAAUGGUGGAUGGGCAGAAGAACGGUGCUUCGGCCGAACAGAAGACUGGCAAUAGUGAUGGAAAGGGUUCUCCUAGUAACUCCAGCGAUGGCUUCCAGAAGCAGCCCAAACUCAUGAGACUGCCAGAAAUGACAGCCAAACAAGCAGUUUCUCUGGAAUGCCAAGGUUUUAAAGUUCUGAGCCCCAAAGACGCCAAAUCGUUACUAAUGGCAGAACAUUGACGAUAUACCAUGCCAUCGUCAUACUCAUGACUUGAGAUGAGAUGUAACAAAUAUAGAAGAGAAUUAGAAUGACUGAUAUGUUCUCAAUGAAAGAU